AUGAUAAACGACACUCCAAAAUCGCAAACUAAGUUGCGAAGUGAUAAUGGCAGUACACUCUCAUCAUUGAGAACUACCCAGCUGAAGAACAAUGACCAGCUCACUGGCAGAGUAGAAGCUGUCCGAUCUCCACCACAGAAGAAGGUAAAAGGAUUCGACAUAGAAAAGACUACUGCAUGGACGGAAACCUCAGAGGAAAUCGCGGAGAAUAUGACAAGGCAUGAUAUUAAUCCGCCGCAGAAGAGCAGAAAGCAGACGGUCACUGGCCCCCGCAAUGUGACCGAGGAGAACCAAGGAAUUAAUAAUAAGACUCAGACCGUUCACAUGCAACUGAGGUCACAUCAAAAGAAGCAGUUAAAUCAAAGGGGACUGAUGACUGAGAAGAGAGAGACGGUAAUCGGACGACUUCGGAGUACCCGGAGAAAGGAACUUACUGGGGUGGAAAAGCAGAGCUCGUCUGAGCAAUCGACAGAAACCUCCAGCGCCAGCGUAGACACAGACGCGGCAAAUGCGAAUAUCCUCUGUAUUGACAUAAAAGACAGGAGCAGUAUUGCCCCAAACACGAAACCAUUAGCUGCAGAAGAGAUCCCUGGAGUGGAUGGCAACCAGAAUGUCAUCAUGAAUGGUUCCCCAGGAACUCCCAAGUCACAAACAUCACGCAACCAAGACCGGCCGCUCCGAGAACAGUGCUUAGUAAUACAGGGACUUCAGGAGCCUCAAGCAGAUACACCUAAAGAACGCGUAUUAGCUGAUCUCGGCUUGUUCCAAGGUCUUCUAAACACACUGCUUCAACCCGAUGAAGAAAUUUCCGUGUUGAAAGCCUUCAGACUCGGAAAGCGCUCUACUGAACCCGCUAUUCCACCGCAUCCUAGGCCCCUUAAAAUUGUUCUGAGUUGCAAAGAGCAUGUUGAUCUUAUCCUCUCAAGACGUUUUAGGUUAAAAUAUUCCCACCAAGGAGUUUUUUUUCAGCCGGAUUACACACCACCGGAGCGGAUAAAACGCCGACAGUUAGUUCAGGAGCUAAGGCUGCGACAAACGAAUGGCGAACAAGGCCUGGUUAUCUACAACAACUGCAUAAUCGAGCGACCGUCCCGCUUCAUAUGGACACGGCCCGUGCGUAUGUCGCCACAGCCGAGACAAUUGGCAAAGGCGGCGUCAUAG